AUGAGAAAGGUAUUUAUAGCCGUUUGUUUCACUCUGGUGGUCCUGGUGGUACGUGCAGAGGACAAAGCUGAUGACAAGGCUGAAGAAGACCUGCAAGCUGAGGCAACUGGUUAUGGCGGAGGAGGUUACGGUGGUGGAGGCUAUGGUGGUGGAGGUUACGGUGGUGGAGGCUAUGGUGGCGGAGGAGGAGGGUAUGGGGGAAUAGGAGGAGGAAUUGGGGGAAUAGGAGGAGGGAUUGGGGGAAUCGGAGGAGGGAUUGGUGGAUACGGUGGUGUAGCCCAUAUUCUUGCUGUUCCAGUAAGACUAGUUGUAGGAGGAGGCUACGGAGGCGGUUAUGGAGGAGGCGGUUAUGGAGGAGGUGGUUAUGGAGGAGGCGGUUAUGGAGGAGGCGGUUAUGGAGGAGGUGGUUUUGGAAUCGGACUUGGUGGAG